GAGUCGGGACUACGUCCUCCAUCAGUCUGACCGAAAUAAAACAGUAAAUAUAAUGGCGGGCCAUUGAUACCAUGGCUCUUGGGUUUUGGAUUAUUCUGCCUUAGCUUUGUCGGCACAACGACACGACAUGGCGGAAAGGUUGGAGUGGGUGGAAAUUGUGGAGCCACGCACACGUGAGCGGAUGUAUGCUAACCUUCUGACAGGGGAGUGUGUGUGGGAUGCACCGCCAGGGGUCCGCAUCAAGCCCAGCGGAGAAGAUCAGUGGUGGGAGCUGUUUGACUCCAAAACAUCUCGCUUCUACUACUACAGUGCCGCUACACAGCGCACGGUCUGGCACAGACCUAAGUCAUGCGACAUCAUCCCACUUGCCAAACUACAGACCCUCAAACAGAACACAGACACCUUGCAGUGUGUGACGAUGACAUCACAUUCCAGUCCUGCCCACAGUGUGGUUGCCUCUUCACCGGAACAAGAGAAAGACGAAGAGGUGGAAAGGUUCAGAAUGCUGAUCAAGGUGUCCGACCGAGAGCCCAACUUCUUAUCUGAGGGGAAUGGGUUUUCAGGAUCACGUUACUGCCCAGGUAAUACGUCUCCCGAGUCUCAGGCUGGCCCUGUGCUCCAUCCAGACUGCCAAUCACAGUCGCCCUAUGUGAGGAGAUCAGAGCUGACCAUACAGAGACAUUCGUCCGGCGAAUCGCAGCCUCCAUCUCCUAGAUAUGGCUGUGAGCCCCCUCUGUACGAAGAACCACCCACAGAGUACCAGGCACCCCCCAUUUAUGAAGAACCGCCAACGGAUAUGCACUGUGACACUUCCCAUUACAGCUCCGAUGUGUCUCCCUCAAGGAAGGCCAACACAAGCUACCACUCACCCAAAAAAAGCCAGUCUCCUUAUAGCCAGUUGGUGCUAACCCGGCAAAAACCUGCCAGACAGCCGAAAGGUUCCAACCUAGAAUUCCAGGACUACUUCCAUAGCGGAAUGGACUGUACCAUGGGGAGGCAAGAGCAUACCUCAAGAGAGCGAAGCUGUAGUUCCAGUGGCCGGGAAUACAGUGCGGUUGGUCGAGAAUAUAUAAAGCAGCUUGUUUAUGUGGAGCAAUCUGGCUUCAGGACUGCAGACCACAUGGGCUGUUACAACACCCUGGGGAACGUGCCAAGUUCAGGGACUUUUAGCGGAUCUUUCACAUUGCAGCACCCUGCAGUUGGUGGAAAGCACAAACACAAAACCUACAAGUCUUCACUGGAAGGGGGGGUCAUAGCCCAGAAAAAUGCUGACUCUGCAAUGUUAAAGGCACAGUUGGCCCAGGAGGCGAAAGAGGCACUGAAACAGCGGACCAGGUGGGAUCAAAUUGGUGGUGCUUCAUUGGAGCGCAUAGGGGCCAAGGAUGGGUAUGACAGUGAUGGGGCUACGCCGCUUCCCCUGCCAGGCCCUGUCGUGCGUGCGCUGAGUGAAGAUGAAGCUUUGGCCCAAAGUGACAACCACUGGAGGGCCAAUGCUCACAACCUUGACAGACUGGCCUUCACACACAGCCUGCUUGAGAAGAGUCAGUCUGUGCAGACUAACUUGGCCUCACCUGAAACCACACUUCACCCCUCGCAGUCCGAGGACUUGGGAGCAUGUUUCCAGUUUGAGAAUGCACGGAAUGCCCGUAACCUGAUGCCUAGUUCCAGUUGUGGCGUAUUUCCAGAUUUUUCCCUAAGAAAGCCCUCCUCUGAGACUGAUAUUGAAAACUGGGCAUCAAAACAUUUUAAUACUCACACACAGGGGUUGUUUCGGAGAAAGGUGUCUAUCGCAAAUAUGUUGGCUUGGAGCAGUGAGGCCAUUAAGAAGCCUAUGAUUAUGACAUCGGAUAGGAUAAUCAAACGAGAAGCGGUUGACCUCUUCAAACUCAUCCAGACUUAUAUGGGUGAUCGCCGAGGGAAAGUCGAACCAUUGACUGUUGCCUUGGAAAUUGUGGUGAGAGGCUGGAGCUUACAAGGCCUUCGAGAUGAAUUGUACAUCCAGUUGUGUCGUCAAACCACGGAAAACUUUCGCUAUGACAGCCUAGAGAGAGGCUGGGAGCUGAUGGCUAUUUGUUUAGCUUUCUUUCCCCCAACACCCCGGUUCCACUCUUAUUUAGAGGGAUACAUAUACAGGCACGUGGACCCUCUGAAUGACAACAAGGGUGUGGCCAUCAGCAGUUAUGCUAAGUAUUGUUAUCGUAAACUCCAGAAGGCUGCUUUGACAGGAGCUAAAAAGGGUUUGAACAAACCCUGUGUGGAAGAAAUAAUUCACGCACGGAAUGCCAUAUUCAACCCUUCCAUGUUUGGUUCCUGUUUAGAGGAAAUUAUGGCACUACAGAAGGAACGAUACCCUGACCAUAAAUUACCAUGGAUACAAACACGCCUCUCCGAGGAAGUACUUGCACUUAAUGGGGAUCAGACUGAAGGAAUUUUUAGAGUACCUGGUGAUAUUGAUGAAGUGAAUGAUUUAAAAAUUCAGAUCGAUCAAUGGAAAGUUCCUACUGGCCUGGAGGAUCCCCACAUUCCAGCGUCACUGUUGAAGUUGUGGUAUAGAGAACUGGAGGAGCCUGUGAUUCCACAUGUGUAUUACGAGGAGUGCAUAUCUAACUGCGACUCUCCGGAAGCUGCUGUCAAUGUGGCUCUCAGCCUUCCUCAAAUAAACAAACUCGUCCUCUGCUACCUCAUCCGCUUCUUGCAGGUCUUUGCCCAGCCAUCUAAUGUGAGUGUAACUAAAAUGGAUGUGAAUAAUCUAGCCAUGGUGAUGGCUCCCAAUGUCCUUCGCUGCAUGUCCGAUGAACCACGAGUCAUCUUUGAGAACACUCGAAAGGAAAUGAGUUUCAUGCGUGUCCUUAUACAACACCUGAACACAAGCUUCCUUGAGGGAAUGCUAUAA